GUUCUAACAAAAGAACCCGAAAACAUUCAGGGAGAUGUUUGCUUAUUACUUGCUUACUGCUGCUUGUGCCUCAGUCUUCAGUAUGAAACCAAGAAACCUUCAAGGAAAUCCUACUGGAAUGGCUGAUUUUAUUUAAUCGAUGUUAGUCUCCUCGUAAUGCUAUCCUGUAGCCAUCCCCAUGGCAUCCGUUAACUCCCCAUCACAAGAGGGAAGGAAGAGGAAGAAGAAGAGUGACAGCGGUCUAAAGAGCAGAGACAUAGAAUCUGAGGUCACUGAGGUCCAAGUGUACAUUGAGGACCUCACCGCCUCUGGCCACAGUGCCCUUAAGCAGGGGGACUUUGAAAAAGCCCUCAGCUGCUUCAAAAAGGCUUUCAAAGCUUCCACAGAGCUAAAGGAGACCAGCAUCCAGCGAGCAUGUGCCUUUAAUCUGGGAGCUGCCUAUGUGGAGGCGGGGAAAGCUCAGAAAGGGUUGAACUUCCUUAAGCAAGCCCAGCCGGGUGGGAGGGGUGAGCGGGUGGCAGACCUCCAGUUCAACCUGGCUGUAGCCCAUGAGACCCUGGGGAACCACCGCAUGGCGGCUGGUCACUACCUCCAGGCAGCCCAGCUGUACCGUGCCCAGGGCAACGGGGACAAUGAGGGGGACACCUGCGUGAAAAUGUCCCACUGUCACGCGCUCCUUAAGGACUGGACCCAGGCAGCUCAGAGCCUCCAGAGGGCUGGUGAGAGCUACAGAGUUGCAGGCAAGCUGGAUACAGCUGCAACAGCCUUUAAAGAUGCAGGAAAUUACAUGCUCCAGUCAAAUGACUUCACUAUGGAUGACAUCAUCACUGUGCUCACUGAAUGCCUCGAGCUGAGCAACCACGUCAAAGACCCAAAGUCGCUUGGUAAGCUAUACAAUGACCUGGGCCUGAGUUUCUCCCAGCUGAAAUUGUUCCAGGAAGCAGCCAUGUGCUAUGAGCGAGCCCUGCCCUUAGUCAGCACCAAGCCCAGCAGGCAGGCUGUGGUCUUGCAGAACCUGGGAGCCGUUCACAACACCCUGGGAAAGUACCAUCAGGCUCUGAACUACCACCGCAAAGCCGCCAGCCUGCAUGGGUGUUUGGGCAGUCGUCGUGCCCAGGGCCGAAGUUUCCUUAACUGGGCCAUUGCCCUCAGUCAGCUGGGUGGACAUGAGGAGGCAGCAGAGAACUACCUCCACGCGCUGCAAGCCUUCAGAGACACUGAAGACUAUAAGGGCCAGUGCCAGGCUUGUGAGGGUUUGGGGGAAGCCUGGUUUAAAUUGAGGAACGUGGAGAAAGCUACAUUGUACUACAAACAAGCUCUGGGUUUACUGUCAAAGUGCAAGGACCCAUCCAGCUCGAUCCAGGAGCGUCUGGUCAACAAGCUGAGUGAAAGUCUGCAGCACAGACUGUCUCUGACAGUCCCUGGAAGACCCAAGAGAGGAGCCGUCUUUUUUGGACACACUCCAAAUGGGAUUCACCAAGGACCACCUCGUAGAAAAGACCUUCGGAAUGGGAAUGAGGAGAAGAGUUCAAACCAUGAGGACAGAGUGGCUGGUGCUGGCUGUGCAGAGGUGCCUGCCAGAGGGAUGCGGAAGGAGGAGGAUGUCCCUGGGCCAGACGGAGAACAGGCACAUACAGAGGUGUCUACUGCAGGGAAGCGGAAGGAGGAGGAUGUCCCUGGGCCAGAUGGAGAACAGGCACAUACCAAGGUGUCUACUGCAGGGAAGCGGAAGGAGGAGGAUGUCCCUGGGCCAGACGGAGAACAGGCACAUACAGAGACCAUGGGAUCUUUUACUGAACGGCCGGGUCAUCUGGCUUUGAUACCAGGGGCCAACAGAAAUCUUAAUAAUACAUACGAGCACCCUGACCCCCAUUACCAGAACCAAGCCUCAACAGAGCACCCUGGACUCAUCCAGCAGAACCAUGCCCCAACAGAGCCCCCUGGACUCAUCCAGCAGAACCAGGCCCCAACAGAGCACCCUGGACUCACACUGCAUAGCGAGCAUCUGUAUGAGAGCAUUAAACAGAGGACAGAACAGACCAGCAGUGAGACUCCAUUGGCCGUGAGCUCCAAAGUUCUUCGCACUAGUGCACCCGAUAAUGAAGAGACCAUACCCCUGUUUAAGAAAUGGAAGUCCCAGAUCUGCACAGUCAUGUGAUCCAGGUCCGGUCUAAUCUGGUGGGGCCAUUGGUUCAAGUAUUCUUGGCAAUUUGAAUAUUGAAUGUAUUUCUAUGGAUUAAAUGUUAUUCAAAUACACAUGUAAGUGCUGCUGUACAUCUGUUCUUCUACCAGGACAAGGGUUGCCUUUUUCAUUAGUGUUACAACAUUUCUGUGAGCUUUGAAUAAUUUUCCUGUUUUUUAACAAAACCCUAUGGAGGAUUCCCGGAAUAAGAAAGGAACUGGCCAUCUGAAUUUUUCCACAAUGAUUUUUUUCUCCAAAUUCACUGUAUGUACGUACAGUACCAGUCAAAGGU